CAACACCUCACCUCUUUCUUGCACAUGACAUUAUGCAUUUAUCAUCUCGUCAAGCAGCCUCCUUCUCCUUCUUCUUCUUCCACCUCCUCCUCAUCCAUCCCCUCUCGCUCCCACUCAUCCCUUACUGCUGCUAGUGUGCUGCUGCUAUAGCUCCUUCCCCAUUCCCCUAUAAAGCCCUCACUUAUGUGACCACUCAUGGGCUCCCUCUCAUCUCGAUCACCCCCCUCCAGUAGUAGUGCCUCUCCGAGAGACAGCAGCAACUGCAUCAGCAGCUAGCUUCUCUUGUUGCUAGCUAGCUAGGUUUACAUACAGCUGCACGACUUGGGAGCUCACUGCAGUGCAGUGCGUGGUCGCUGUACAUACCAAGACAAAGCUGCGAGAGGGGGUCUCCGGGGGCGGCGCUGUCCGUGUCCGUGGGCGGCGAGCCGGCAUGGACAACAUCACGCACAACUCGAGCAGCAGCAGCUCAUGGGAUCUGGACAUGAGCCUCGGCAGCCACCACCACCCGCUCCUCUUCGACAGCCAUCACAACCCGGGCCCGCCGCCGCCGCCGCCAUUACCCUUCCACCUCUCCUCCUCCUCCCACCACCCUCCGCCGCAUCCUGCACACCCACACCACCACCAUCCCGGCCUGGAUCCUUCGCCGUCUUCCUCCCUCUUCCCACAACCGCACCACCACCACCGGCUCCACCACCUCGGCCUCGACAUCGACCCCGCCUCCCAUUCCCACCGGCACCACGAGUACGGCGAGCAGCAGGAGCCCGGCGGCGGCGCCGGCGGGCACGAGCACGGGCAUCAGGAGGAGGCGAGGCAGCAGCAGCAGCACCACGAGGCGGGCGGCGGGCAGGAGGACCGCGGCGCCGAGGACGUGGAGGAGGAGCUCGGCGCCAUGAAGGAGAUGAUGUACCGAAUCGCCGCCAUGCAGCCGGUGGACAUCGACCCGGCCACCAUCAAGAAGCCCCGGCGCCGCAACGUGCGCAUCAGCGAGGACCCUCAGAGCGUGGCGGCGCGGCACCGGCGCGAGCGGAUCAGCGAGCGCAUCCGCAUCCUGCAGCGCCUCGUCCCCGGCGGCACCAAGAUGGACACCGCCUCCAUGCUCGACGAGGCCAUCCGCUACAUCAAGUUCCUCAAGCGCCAGGUGCAGGAGCUGCAGCACCAACCGCCGCAGCCGCAGCACCAGCAGUACCCGGCGGCAGCCGGAGCCGGGCCCAGCACCUCGGUCGUGGGCUCGGCGGCGCCAGGGCGACCCGGCGGCGUGCCGCCGUUUUUGCCGCUGGGUCCAGGGCCGCUUAUUGACUGGGCCGGGCUCGUCAGGCCCGUCGACAUCCACGGGCCGACGUCGUCUUCGUCCUCGUCGUCCAUGGGCGGCGCCCAUGCCGCCCUAGGCUUCGGCUUCAGCAGCGCCGGCGGUGGCCAGAGCAGCCAUGGAAUGCACUGAUGAGCGAGCGACCAAGGAGGGGGGAUUAAUUGAAGGUGCUUCCUUUGCUUAAUUUGUAGCGGAUCGGAUUAACUAGGAACCAUUAAUCUAUCCAUGAUAGAUGGUGGUGGAUCGAUGGAUGGAUGGAUGGAGAUGACGAACUAGAGAUCAUAUCAGAGGUAAUUUUGAUUUUAUCAAUCAUAAUAUAAUCAUUCUAGCUACUAGCUAUAUACAGCUAGCUAGCCAGCACUUUGUCAUCGAGGGUAGUAAUCUAUGUGUUAUCGAUCGAUCAGUUCUCUCUC